AAAGAGAUCAGGUAGAAAGAAAGCAUCCACUGCAUCACCUCCCUCAAACCAUCUCUAACGUUUCCCUCUGCAAGAGUGGACAUGGUUGAAGGUCUCAAGCAAAGGUGUCAUGGAGUUUACUUACGUCGUGACGAAGACGACGAAGAGCUAUUCGAUUCUGACCCCUUCUCCAGCAACUCCGAUGAUGAAGAUGAAACGCCUUCAACUCCAGAUCCUUCGUCGCUGUCACCCCACCUGAAUUCUGAUAGACCUCUGUAUGAGUUGCCUUCACUAAUGGAGCAGCUACCUAUCAAGAGAGGGCUGUCCAAGUACUACCAAGGCAAGUCACAAUCAUAUACAUCGCUCUCUGUGGUUAGCAGCAUUGAAGAUCUGCCCAAGAAAGAGACUGCUUACAGAAGGAAGAUGAAGGCAUGCAGGAGCUAUGCUGGCGGAAUGGAUGCAAGCCAUAAGUCAGCUCAUUCUCCUGGGCAUUGCAGCAAAACCAUAUCGAAGAAGGUUGUUCCCAGGGUUACUUCUUGUGCUUCUUUGAUGUCCAAAAGCAGCAGCAGUAGCCUUCUUUGUAGCAGCAAACCACCUCGCAUUCCUGUACAUAAAAAUCCAUGUCCACAUUAAAAUCCUUCAGAUUAGAGCAAUUUUUGUGUUUUGUUUUCCGUGUCUCUUGUGGUUAUCAGGGUUACGUCUUGUACUUUGAUGACAAAAAAACAGCAGUAGUCGCCUUUUUUUUUUUUUGGAGCAAACCACCUCUAAUUCCUGUGCGUAAAAAUUCAUGUCCUCAUAAAAUCCCUUGCCAUGUAAUGUUUCAGUUCAGAGCAAUUUUGUGUUAUGUUUUCCAUGUCUCGUGGUUAUCAGGGUUGCUUGUUGUGGUUCUUUGAUAUAUGUCCAAAAGCAGCAGCAGUAGCCUUCUCUGUGGCAGUAAACCAACUCUAAUUCCUGUUUAUAAAAAUCCGUGUCCUCAUUGAAA